AGUUAAUGAGCAAUAAAUAACAAUAAGCUAAAGAUUAUCUCACUGCCUGUUUUCAAUGUAAAGGAUUUGAACCGUUCUUUAUUGUCACAAAAACAUCUCUUUUACGUAUUUUAGAUAAUAUGGCCUAACAAUAAUUUGAUAGAGAAUUGGCAGAUGAAUUAUUUCAACGUUGUCCAACCAAUUACAAAGGACUGGUUAAGAUUGAAGAUUUCAUUGAAAUUGUUAUAUAAGCAGACAUAGUAUUGAAUGAAAAAAUCAACAAAGCUAAUCAAUUUAUUGUGAAGCAAACAGAAGAAUUGGCAAAAUUAACAAAUAAGAAUCGUUCUCAAAUUUUAUAGAUCCGUGUAAUAGGAGCUAAGAAUCUACAUUAGGGAUUGAUUAAUGCCACAAACAAACCUUAUGUUGUUGUACAUUUCAAUUAAGAGAAAAAGAGUUCUCGUUUAGCACACAAUGACAUUCUUAAUCCAAUUUGGGAUGAGACCUUUGUAUUGUAAGAAUUCUGUUAAUAUUUAAAGUCCCAUUAAGACUGGAAAUGAACAAACUUACAUAUCGAUAUUAACAUUGGAUAACACAAAUAAUAAAAGCAAUUUAAUAGGAGAGGUUCAUUUUGGGUUAAGAGAAUUGGAAGAUCAAAUGAAACAUAAUCAAUGGUUCAAUAUUUAUGAUCGCCAUGGAUCUAUGGGUAGUGGUAGUUUACAAUUAGAACUCCAAUUAUUACUUGAUGAAGUAUUAUCUUAAGGACUAUAAUUAGUCAAUGUUCUACGAAUAAGCACAAUAAGUAAUGCAGCAAUAAAUACUGAAUCAACAGGAAGAGAAGGAUCAAUAUGAAAAUGAUUUGAAGAUCCUUUAUUCUCCAUUUUAGAAUGGAAUAUUGCAACCAAAAAGACUAAUCGUUCCUGAUGCACCUCAAUUAAUGUUUGUUCAUGAAUUCUCUAAGCCAAUAAUCUAUUAGGGAGAUAAAAAAGUAGAUUUGACAGUUUACAAAACUCCAUAAUUGAGUGAUAGUAGGGUCCUACAAAUAUUGAAUCAACCACCUGAAAGUGUGACUACAGUACAUCCAGAGAUUGAUUAUCCAGCAAGACACGAUCUCAAGUAAAAAGCCAAUUAUGGGUAUGAUCAUGUUACCAAAGAUAUGAAAUUAACAGCUAUCUUUAUUCUCUUAUAUGUCCUUAGUAGUAUUUAUCUAUGUUGGGUGAAAACUGACUUUGUUAAUAUUACUAUUGCUUUAUGCACCUCAUUGAUUGUUGGUCUUAAUUAUUUUGAGAAGAACCAUUUAAAUAUAUUUGCAAUUCUCAUAAUUUUGACAUUGUUAUAUGAUGUUUCUUGGUUGGCUGCCUAUUCAGGAGUACUAUUUAUAGUUAAUUUAAUAGGUUUGGUGGAAUCAAAGUAAAUCGGAAAAUCCUUAAUCAGAAUCUGAGUUAAUAACAUCUUAGAGAAUAACAAUUCUCAUUAGCUACUUUGUGAUUUUUCUGAAGAUUGCAUUGUCAUGUUAAUUGUGGAAUUUAAAGAAAAACAUAGAACCGUUAAACAAUCAUAAAUAAUUUGGAAUAGGAACUCAUUUGUAUUAAGCAAAUGGUGGACAUAUAAAUCCAUUUAUUUAAUGA